AUGAGGCGCCGCUCCCCGUCGCUGCGGCGGCGGAAGCUUUACAAGCUCGAGGGGAAGAACCAGCGGCAGCCGGCGGUAGGAGCCACGCAGGCGACGCCCCGCACGACGGCGCGGCCCAGAGCAGAAGAGCGUGCCACUACACCCAUGACGGAACAGGAAACGGCCGCGUUGUUUCUCGCCGAACUGGCAGCUACCACCGUCACGGAGCGGGCGGCGGCGGCGGCGGCGGCAGGGGAGAAGGAAGUCAAACAAACGGGGGCGAGGAGUCGUGGCAAAAGAAUGCCUCUGGUGCGCACGGCCACAAGAGAAGGGAAACGGUCCUCUGCCUCCACAAGGACUUCUGGCACCGCUAAGCCCUCUGCGCUGGGGCAACUGGAAAUUCCGGCGCUGCCGCUUGAGGAGGGCGAGGAGGAUGCUUAUGUCUCGACGGAAGUGCUGCGGCAAACCGCCGCAUUUCUUGCACGUCUCACACCGGCACGAUCGAAGCAAUUCUGGGCGCUGCGUCAAGUGGCACGUGGGGAGUUGAGCGGCCGAUCGGCCGCGAAAGUGAAAGAAAUGGCGCCCGCGUCCGAUGAGGGGGAGGAAGAGGAGGAGGAGGAAGACGUCGAUCUUACGUCGAGUGAGGGUCCCGGUGACAGGUCUUUGUCUGGCGCGGCGAGCGAAGGUGAGGUGCCCUCUUCCUCAGAGGAGGUGGAGGAUAGUUCCUUGCCACUACCACCGAGAACAGCAACAGCAACCACAGCAAAGAAGAUGGGUGUCGGUAAAUGCAGUAAGGAGAUGCGGAAUACAAAGCGGCGUGGCGGCGGCGCACUAUUUAGCAGCAACCCGGAUGUUUGGGAGGAUUGA